AUGGCAGAAGGGAAUAUGUUUAAAAAUAUUACGGAUUCAGCUGGAUUGAAUGCAAAAAAUAUGCAAAAUGUCGCAGAAAUUGGAAAUGAUUUAAUCGAUAAAUUAUCAGAAAAAGUUGAAGAAGGCGGUGAAAAAAUUAAUGAAUUAAGAAAUGAAAUGAGUAAAAUAGCUUCAGACAUUAUUACUCCCACUGAAAAGUUAGGACAAAAAAUUGAAAAUGAAACAAGUGAAAUAUUGAAGGAAGCUAAAGGAAAGUUGGAUGAUACAGUGAACAAUGUUGGUGGCGCCGUUUCUGGUGUAAUCAAUGAUUUGACAACAUUCAGUAAUAAAAUCCAAGAGAAAGCUCCAGAAUAUUUGGGAGAUAUCAAGGACGGAAUGGAGACAAUCGCUGAUGAUAUCCAUAAAACUAUUUCUGAGAAAGUCGAUGGAUUAGAGGAAUUAAAAAAAGGAGAAAUGAAAAAUGAAAGUAACAAUGAAGCUGUCGAAAAUGUCGAUGGAGUAGUUUCUGGAUUUAAAGAAUUAUGCAAAGGAAGUGUUGGAGAUAGAUUGCAAGAAGGUAUGGAUAAGAUAUAUCAAUGCGCGGAAAAUGUUAAUGAAGCAGUUUCUGUAGAAGGAGUUGAUAAAAUUAAAAAAUUCGCAAGUGACAUUAGUGAGAAAGGUGCAAUGAAAAUAGAAGAGGGAGCAGAUAAAAUAAAUGAAGUGAUAAAAGAGACAUUUGAACCGUUUCAAAAAUUAAAUGAGGAAGUAAAUAAGAAAAUAACGGAUGUAAAAGAAAUUGGCGGAGAAAAAUUGCACAGUUUUAAGGGAGAAAUCGAUAAGAAAGCCAAUGAGAUUAAUGCGAAGGUGGAAAAUAUUAAAAAUGAUGUCUUCUAUGGAUCGAAUGACGGAGACAAGAAAAUAGCUGGCAUGAGCGAUAUCAGUGUUAAAGCGGAUAAUGGUGAUGUAAAAAGGGAUAAAUUCUCAGUAGAAAAUCCGAUUGUCACAGCAGAUAAUGAUGGUUUUCGUAGUGCUGAAAAUAUUGAUCAUUUACAAAGCAAUGUUUUCAACAAUGACACCGUAAAAGUGGAAGGAAAUGCAAGCGAAUUGAUGCAAAAAUUAGAACAUGAUAAAGAGAUGCAAGCUAUAAAAAAGAUCGUACCACCAGGUGAAAAUAUUCCGGAACAGGUAGGUACUCUUUCCGAAAGCGGUGUUUAUUAUGAUGAUUAUGAAGUGGAAAAAUUGGAAGGUACUGCAACUAGAACACUCAGUGAUAUUGUGAAUGAUGAAGUGGAUGAGAUGGACAAGUUAUUGGAUAAAGCAUUUAAUAAUGGUAAAAAACUGAACAGACCAGAAACAACUGAUGAUGUAAUAAAUCAGGAGGAUAAUAGGCAGGUAAAAGGAAUGGAAAAACCGGAUGCUAAUGUUAAUAUAAUAGGCGAAGGAGUGCAGAAAGGAUAUUCCAAUACUUAUCAAGGAAUAAAAAAAGAGGAAGUUGAUGAUAAUACAGCUGGUCUAAACGAUAAUAAUAUGGCAUCUGAUGACAACAAAACUAAAAUGCAAUUUACUGGUGAUGAGGAACGAAAAUUAGCUAAUACCUCACCGCAAUUUUCAUCUAUUUCUCAUCAGACUAAGUUGAUAUUGAAUUCUGUUGAUGAGGCAAAAUUUCGAUAUCCGGAUAUGAUCAAAUCAUUGAUUAUCGCAUCAGAGCAUAUUGAAAAACUAUUAAAUGAAGAUUCCAGUGAAGCAGCAUCGGAAUCAUGCUUUGUCACUAAAAAAUCAUUCACUACUGAUGGAAGGGAAACACAUGAGAUGAAGUCGGUAUCCGAUCCAUCGCAACUUGGCGAACAAGUUGCGAGCCUUACCUUUACCAACGAAGAUGUGAUGGAUAAAGCGGCAUAUGAAAUGCCCGAUCCACCAAGGAACAAUAUUACUUCAUCGUUUCAACCAUUAACAUCAGAAAAUAUCUCGAACUUUUCGACAGUUCCAAAUGUUCCCGAAAAUGCAUUACAAUCAACUAUUAUAAACAUCAGUGACAAUGAUCAGAAUAAAACGGUUAUAAAAAUUUUGGAAGUUAAUCAAACACAAGAGAAAACUGAACCGGAACAUCAGUCUUCAAAGAUAGAAAAAUCUGUAAGUCAUAACGAUCCAUUUAACCGUGCGCCACCACCAUCACCAUCACCAGAAAGCUCAUUCUCAUUGCGAUCACCCAAAAAUGUACCGCCACCAGUACCACCGAAGAAAAAAUCUAUUGAAAUGAUUCUUUCGGAAGAAGCCAAAGCUAUGGGACAGCGUUCCUUAAGGGGAAUUGAAACAUUGGCUCAUGGGAUAAUAAAUCCUGAAAUUGAAAAAGAUGAGCUCAAAUCAAAAUAUAAAACGAAAGAGAACGUCGAAACAUCGGCAACUAUUGAAAAGCAAGUUGAAAAAGCAAAUAAUGAAAAUGAAUCAAAACAUGAAGCGAUACAGAAGUCUGAAUCUGAGAAGGCACACGAAACACCACUAAAUCAGAAAUCUGAAGCUCAGAAGACAAAAUCACAUCCGACUUUACCAGCAACAGAAGUUAAACCAGAAGCGGUGAGUGAAAAGAAUAAAACGGAUAGAAUGAAAUCGAAAAGUGGUGACGGACAACAACAACAGUCACGACGAUGCACUAUACUAUAA